CCUCAGGUACGAGAUAGGUAUCCAAUUCUUCACGAGACAAAUCAAACAAUCGGGCACAGGCACGUUCCUAAUCCGGCAAUUGCAGACCAGGCUUGCUCUCCAAUUCCGAUUCUGCCACUGUCGACGCCAGGUACUGUACCCAAGGUACCUCUCACCACCUCAUCUCCAGGAGCUCUAGGCGUUUGGCUUGUGAGACAUCAUAGCUCCCAUCUCCAUCCUUCCCGCGGCCGAUAUAUAGCUCCGAGUACUUAGCUCGGGCGCCCUCUCUCCCUCCCUUUCAACGUUUGAUCUUUCCCUCCCCUUUUUGUUGUCUCUGUGCGUUUCCCUGUGACGUUUAUCUUUUCCCGCCCACAACUCGAACGUCUGUGUUCUUCUCAAACACAGGAUAACAGCACCUCCUGCUCCACCCACGCAAACAUCACGAACCGGAUUUCACUUGAGCAUCGGUGAACUCAACAAGACCAACUGGUCCGUUCAGAAGCUUAAAGUAGACACUCUGCGACUUUCUAGCUCCACACGGCAACUAACGAUACGUUUUUUCCGACUUGACGCUGACACGAGCGUAAGAUGGAUCAUCCAGUCAAGGAGAUCAAGACCGUCAUCCGGGACCUGGUCCAAGGAUCCCCCGAGAAGCAGCAGAACGCCCUCUACUCCAACUUCACCGAGGACGCCUCCUUCACCCACCCAUUCUGCCAUGUACCGUCCUUUGGCAACAUCCAGAUCCCGUUCCUCUUCACCAUCAACUCGCGUUGGUUGGUCCUCAUGAUUUACCGCUGGUACCGCAUCUUGAGCCCCAAUAUCGAAAUGGAGAUUGAGUCUUCUGUCCAAGACCAAAAAACAAACUUGCUCUACGUCAAGAUGCGCCAAGACUUCCGCCUGUGGUUCGUUCCCUUCUACUCGGCACCCGUCGACUUCGUCGUCGUCCUCCGCCUAGAGACCCGCACAAUUGACGCCAACGGCAACCCACUGCCCCGCGGCUACGGUGACGACGCCUCCGUCGGCACCCGCCAGCGCCAGUUCAUCGUCAGCCAGGAGGAUCACUACCAGGUCGGCGAGUGGCUCAAGUUCAUCGCUCCCUUCUUCGGGUACUGGGCCUGGCACGCCUGGACCCUCUUGGCAACGGCGCUGUGCGUUGUCGGCGCCUUCUUUGGAUACCCUCUCACCUUGCUCUUCGGACAGAUGGCUGGGCCCAACAGUAACGGUAACGGGCAGGAGAGUAAGCGGGAGUAGGAUGACGCGGUCGAUAAUCUGUUCAUCUUUUUGGGGGAGCUUGAGGAUAACCUAGCACGAGUGGCUGAUGAGGUGUCAGAAGAGUCUUAGUAUUGGCCGUGCGAGGGUUGAGCCAUCUUUGAAGUAUGGAUAAUCGAACUGGCAUGGUGUUGGGUUUGUAACAUCAGUAAAGACUUGCCGGCACGGAAUCGUGUACGUUUUACAACUCAUGUUAGGGUAUUGAACUUUUGAGCUACGCAGCUAUGAGUUUGACUUGAUUGUACUUGUUAUGCACAUCAGCCCAUGUAAAAGUAACAACAUCCAUCGUUGGCCAGUCCAGCCAAUGUAUAAAGCUGAGCUGUAGUGAAGUAACUCCCCAGGGUAGUUCCCAUUCCGACCCGCCUCAUCCCAUACGACUAUAGCACGCCUCACCAGCACCUGCACUCUCUCCUUACCUCGUCGUCCCCUCCUACCGCCUACC